AAUACCACUGGUGUGUUGCAGUCAACGCCCAACUCCUAACUCCCAACUCCAAUACAACGGCUGUUUACAGAAAAUGACUUUGACUAAAGAAAUCUUUUUGAGUUUUUAUGCAUCUGCAAACAUUUUUCUGUUAAAAAAACCUCUAUAAAGAUACAGAGACCUGUCUUGAAGAAUACCCAGCAUUGAAUUCAAGUGCAAUUCGCAGAAAGCCAAGUGAGAAAUGGGUCGAAGAAAGGGCAGGAACACCCACAAUUUCUACAUGUUGAAUGCAAUGGGAAUUGCAAGAGAAUCUGCAUCAAUUCUUGUGCACAACUUCUCUGCUUUGACAGCAAUUGCAGUGCCAUUGGUAUCCCCUGUUUCUGCUGCAAUUCUUGUCUUUCCUCACACUCAAACUGCCACUAAAUUUGCACUACGAAUUCGGGACUCUGCUCAUGCAGCCGGAUUGCCCAACUGGCCUUAUACCCAUCUCAUAUAUCACAAGCUUUCUGAGACACUGAUUUCUUUCUUGCUCUGUUUUCCCUUUUUCAUCACAUUUUCACUGCUUGCAAGAGCAGCAGUAGCCCACACAGUGGCUUCUAUAUAUGCAGGGGACAAUAGGUCUUCUGGGGAAAAACUGUUUCAAGCAAUACCCAGAUUGUGGAAAGGCCUGGUGGUGACUUAUAUAUGGGCAGGUGUACUGAUAAUUGGGGCAAAUGCUGUGAUUUUGUUUUUACUGUGUGCACUUGUGAAUUUGGUGUGCAUUUUGGGACUUGAUCUCAAAUGGGAAGUUGCGGCUGUUUUGGGAGGAGGGAUUGUUUAUUCAUUUGUUUUUGCCCAUGUCAUGAUUGUCUGCAAUUUGGCCACAAUUGUGUGUGUAAUGGAGCCGGAGGAGUACAGUUAUGGAGUUCAAGCUGUGUUUAAGGCCCUGUUUUUGAUAAGAGGGAAGACCAGGAUUGCUCUGGUUAUGGCUGUUGUUGUAAACUUGAGCUCUGCUUUUCUGGAGAGGUUGUUUGUGUAUGGAGUGAUGAGUGGAAACAUGAGAUUUGAAACCCUUCUGCUGGUUUGGAUGUAUUCCAUGGUGACUGUAAUUGACACUGUGAUGACCACUGUGUUUUAUUUCACUUGCAGGUCAUCUUGUCUGGAAGAUGUUUGCCUAACUGAUCUCUGCAAAAUGGAUUAUAUUGCAGUUGUCAGCAACAGGAUGUGAAGAACAGAAGAGGUACUGUGGCCAACUUUUUGUCAUCUAUGGAAAGGAGAAGUGUAAGAUUGUGAAGGUCUCAUUCAAGUGAGGUAAUGGAAUUGGUGGGGCAUACACUUUUUAGUUGAUGUGGUUGUGCAUCUGAAUUCAUAGUAGAUGCCCGAAUGAGGGUUCGGGGUUGUGCUUAUCAAGAUAAGGCUCAUCUGCAGUCUGAGAAAGACCUGCCAUAUCACACUGAUGUGAUUGUUUAGAAAUGCAAAAUUGUCUGAUUGGUUUGCAGACUUUAAUUAUUAUGUAGUUGUACUAGUUGGUUUUUGGCUUGUAUAUACGAUGGAGAAAUGUUUAGAAUUGGCGUUGUAUGUGCAAGAAAGUCUUCUUUCGCAUGUGUAAAGAAAUCACUAUAUGUGUGUCAAAAGAUCAAUUUGCAUCUUUCAACUGUUACCUACUGUGUUGUUAUUUAGUCAUCUAUAUAUGGGGAAAAAUAAAUUUCCAUCUUUUCUUU